AGGAACUUCCACUGCAAGACAGGGAGAGUCUGCCAGGUGGGCAAGGAAGGGACAGCAGCCUGCAUCUGCCAGGACCCUGCUGCUUGUCCUCCCACCAAGGACUAUGAGCAUGUGUGUGGCACUGAUAACAAGACUUACCCCGGGACAUGCCAGCUCUUUGGCACCAAAUGCCAGCUGGAAGGCACCAAGCUGGGACACCAGCUGCACCUGGACUACAUGGGCUCCUGCAAAGCCAUUCCCCCCUGCAGCGCCUCGGAGGCAGCGCAGUUCCCGCUGCGGAUGCGAGACUGGCUGAGGAACAUCCUGCUGCAGUACCACCGCCGGGAGCAGGGCAGCGCCGCGCUGCUGACCGAGAGGCAGAGGAGCCAGGUCCAAAAGCUCUUCCAGGAGCAGCACCUUGGGGCUGGAGCCCAGGCCCUGGAGCUGCUCCUGCCUGACUUUGAGCAGCACUACCAGCUGUAUGUGUACCCUGUGCACUGGCAGUUCCACCAGCUCGACCUGCACCCUGCUGACAGGCUGUUAAGCCACUCAGAGCUGGCUCCCCUGAGGGCCUCCCUGGUUCCCAUGGAGCACUGCAUCACUCGCUUCUUCCAGGAGUGUGAUGGGGACCAGGACAAGCUGAUUGCCCUGCAGGAGUGGUGCCUCUGCUUUGGCAUCAAGGAAGAAGACAUCAAUGAAAGCCUCCUGUUCUGAGCCUGCCUCAUGGCAGCCCUGCCCCUGCUGGGGCUCAGGACUCCUCUUGGCUGCUGGAAGCCACAGCCUCAGAGUUUAUCAAGAGCAAGGUGGCCUGAGGGGCCCUGCAGCAGUGGCCCCAA